GUAAUAUAUCCAUAUGAAAGUGCUCAAUGGCUGUCACGGGGUUUGAAAACAUUUUUGGACGUCAACAGAAUUGUUUUUGGCCCCAAGAGACACCAAUUCUCAAACCAACAUUGAUAUUUUUGAAUGCCUCUUCUCUGACAAGUUGUUCUUUACUUGUAAUCUUUCUGUUUACCAGGAUAAUGCAAACAAUAGCCAAUCAAUUUUAACCUCUACAUAGUACAGCCAUCACCCAUGUCACUUUCAUGCAAUAGUUCAUGGGACAAGCAUGCGUCAGACUGCCACAUGCAUACCAUGCCCCCCAGCAUCUGUCCUUGGUUCGAAUGCUGUGUGUGUGGGUGUGCGUGUGCGUGUGCGUGUGCGUGUGCGUGUGCGUGUGUGUGUGUGGUUGUGGGCUGGUUACACAUCGAAACUUUGCAAAAUAACCAAGCACAGUGCUACCAGUAACCAACGAAAUGCAAAGGUCCAUGGGGACGAGGCAGGGCUUUGGAUGACACUUACUUGCAUGCUCCCUCAUGCCACAGGUACUUAACAGAAACAAGGUUUGGACAGUUCUGCGAUUAAGACAGAAGACUUACUUUCACCUUAGAAAUUGAUUUCCUGUUCUUGCACUACUUCCUUCCUAAAGAGCUACAGUGAUGACUUUUGUGAACAUGUAUUUUGCUUCAUUAUGCAUUGUGACGUUAUACAACAAAGAGGCAGCAAAACAAACAUAGUAGAUGGCGUGACAGCUAGCUGUAAAGCAAUUCCCGCCUGUUAGAGUCACGCUCUUGUAGGAGCAGGAGCGAGGCAAAAUGUUCGGAGGUCUGUUGUAGAACUUUUCCACCGUGCAAAAGGCAGGAAACAAUGGCUAAUGCCAAGAAAGGUUGUGUUGACGAUUUAGCUACAUUGUCAGAGUUAAAUGAGGAGAUCAUUCUUCAGGAGUUGCAAGCAAGAUACCAUAAAGAUAUUAUCUAUACGUAUGUCGGUGACAUUUUAAUUGCCCUCAACCCAUUCAAGCGUUUGGGAAUUUACCACAAGAAUAAUGCAGAUAGAUACAAGAUGACACAGAAAUCACUGCAGCCUCCUCAUAUUUUUGCCAUUGCUGAUUCAGCAUAUCAAGCGAUGUUGGGUGUUGGAGGAGUAAGUCCCAAAAGCCAGUGUUGUGUGAUCAGUGGGGAGAGUGGAGCUGGCAAAACAGAAUCAGCCAAACUAUUGAUCAGUCAGCUGGUUGAAUUAUCACGAGGAACAUCUCAGUUGGAACAGCAGAUCCUGCAGGUGAAUCCUUUGUUGGAAGCUUUUGGAAAUGCUCAGACUCUGAUGAAUGACAACUCAAGCAGAUUUGGAAAGUACAUUCAGCUGAAAUUCCAGCAAGGCAUGGUCAUUGGUGCUAAGAUUUCUGAGUAUCUUUUGGAAAAAUCCCGUGUUGUACGACAAAGCAGUGGCGAGGAGAAUUUUCAUAUCUUCUACUACUUGUUUGCUGGUCUCUCCACUGAUGACCAAAACAAGUAUGGACUAACCAGACCAGACAAGUAUAGUUAUCUGUUUGAAGGAGCAGCGAGUAUGAAGAAAAUAAAGAAAAACAAGUCAAUGUUUGAUGAGCUACUAAAUGCUAUGGAUAUGGUGGGCUUCCUUGAUGAGGAGCAGCAAGAUAUGUUUACAGUUCUUGGUGGUGUGCUGAACAUGGGUAACAUCGCAUUUGAGAUGGAUGAAAAUGAGGGCGCUAUUGUCAAAGAAGCUCACGGACCUUUGAGGACAGCUGCGAAACUCCUGGGUGUGGACACGGAGAAACUAGCAGAGGUGCUGACGUCCACGACAACUACAACACGUGGCAGUGUGAUCAAGAGAAGACUGAAAGAUCAUCAGGCAAUUGAUGUUCGAGAUGCAACAGCUAAAGCUUUGUAUGGCCGUCUGUUUGGUUGGAUCGUCAACAAGGUGAAUCAACUUCUGGCUCCACCAAUGGCGUCAAGAGGAGAAGAGGUCACAGAAAUAGGCAUCCUUGAUAUAUUUGGUUUUGAACAUUUUGAGAACAACGGCUUUGAACAGGCGUGCAUCAACUUGGCCAAUGAACAACUCCAGUUUUUCUUCAACCAGCACAUUUUCAUGUGGGAGCAGGAAGAAUAUAACAAGGAAGGCAUUGACUGGACAGGUGUCACAUUUGCGGACAACAAACCUGUAUUGGUGAGUUCAUCUGUGGAACAUUUUGGUCUGUCCUCUAUGUUGAGUGACACGACCUUCCCUGACUUAACAAAUGUCGACACACACACGGUUAAAGAUGUUUUUGAUGUGAGGAGAAAAUUGAUGACGCCUUGAGUUGGCAGGGGGAAGUGAGAAACAGCGUUAUUGUAUUUGAUUCUGUGUUGACUUCUGCAGGUUGAAUAUGACGCCACAGGAUUCCUCGAGAAGAACCGUGACACCCUGCCACCAGGUGUUAUGGAUCUGCUGAGGAAAAGCGAUAACCCUCUGAUUGUCACAGUCUUUUCUGGAACAAUCACACGAACUGGGACACUGGCUCUGCAAGGACGAGUAAGCAAAGGAAAUAUAGUCAGAAGAACUAAGAGACUGAGUAAGGCGCGCCAAGGAAUGCCUGCCACCAAAAAACCUACUGUUGGCGCGCAGUUCAAGACGUCUUUAGGGAUCCUCAUGGAAAGAAUGACAGCUGCCAAUCCGCACUUCAUCAGGUGCAUCAAGCCAAACAAUGAAAAGAUAUCCGACAGUCUCGAUCUCAAGUACGUGAAAGAACAGCUGGCUUACACUGGUGUGUUGGAGACCACUCGUAUUCGCAGAGAGGGCUAUGCACUGAGGAUAUCUUUCGCCGACUUUGUGGAAAGAUACAAGCUUGUGUUGUAUUCAGCAACAUUACCCGGCAGUGAAGCGAGCUGCAGACAGAUUCUGAAAAAGUCACGACUGAAAGACUGGCAGAUUGGACGUACAAAGGUGUUUUUGAAGUACUGGCACGCAGAAAAAUUGGUGGAGCAUCUACAAAAGGCUCAAGAAGCUGUAAUCAAAAUACAAAAAGUGGUUCGAGGAUUCCUAGCGAGACGAAGAUGUAAACGACUUCGGGAAGAAGCUAUCAUGAACGCCAGGAAAGCCGCCACAUUUUUGCAAUAUUCCAGCGUCUGUGGAGAUAAAUUGUUUCUCAGUCAAGAAGAAUUGCUGCAACAUGACUACAAGAAAAAAGAAGAAAUCUUAAAGAAGAAAAAUACCAAAUAUGUUUCGUUGCAAUUCCCAAUCGCUCCUGUUGUGGAAGACGAAGAUGACUUUCCACCACCCCCACCGGAUGCGCUGGGACUACCACCUAAGACACGUCUUGGGUCCCUUGAAGAAAUUGAGCUUGAUGAUGAGUUUCUAACGGAUGACCUAGAAGAUGAGGAAGAUGUCUUUAUUGGCCAACCUCACCCAAUCAAGGGCGGAUUUGGAGCCGUGGCCACCAAAGCAGCUGCUGUACAGUGGUUUCAGAAGACUCAAGCCCCCAAGGGAAUUGUUCAAGAUGAAAGCGGAAUGUUCAGCGAGUGGUUUCAUGGCAUCAUUUCCAGGAGGGAAUCUGAGCGUCUGCUGUCGAACAAGCCAGUGGGCUGUUUCUUGAUCCGUGUUAGUGAAAGUCGGUUUGGUUACACUCUGUCUUACAGGGGAAAGACCCGCUGUAAACACUACAUGAUCGACCAGACUCGCUCUGGGAAGUUUGUUAUCGUUGGGAUGUCUCGAGUCUACAAGUCUCUCAAGGAGAUGGUCACUGUGCAUAAGAAGGAACCAAUAAAUACAGAAGGAGACAUUCUAGUUGCACCAUGCGGCCAGGAAUCAGAAGAAGAGGCAGAUUAUGUGGAAUUGUUACCAAGUCGAGAAACUCAGGUGAUUAGAAAAAUUAGUCUGUGUUAUAAUAUCCUUUCGUUCAUGUUUAUUCUGUUACAUGGUUUACAUUCGGAUACAAGACAUAUUGUUAUGGUCGAAAACCCACGCACGAUAAUUGAAUGA